AUGUUUGUGCAUCGAUGCCGUGUGUUUCAGGCGGCGCAGGCGCAGCGAUGCGGCAAGUUUGGAGCGCGGUUGGCGCCAUUGGCGCAGCCGCACGCCGUGGCCGUGGCCAGUGACGAUCAGGUGUUGGUGGUUGGAGUCGAACCAGCCCCGGCAGCAGAGUUGCAGCAAACAUCGGGUGCCAUCUACGCUUCCAACGAGCUGCGCGCCAGCUACCAGAUGCCCAUUUCCUGUCACCAGCGUUCCAACGCCGUCAUCCAAUCCCUUACGGCUCACUACUUUCAAGAUCGCGUCGCACUCCUAGCAUGCGACAACGCUGGCCACUGCACCCUCUCAAAGCACAUGGCCAGUCAACUGGGCCAGCCCCAAGCCGCCCUUACCGAUGCGGACCCCCUCGAGCACACCCACUAUACCCUGCCCGUCACCAGUGCUGGCUGGGUCAAGGGUGCCUAUGCCCCCGAGCAUGAUGCCGCGGCCAUUGUUCACAACCCAUCGCGCACUCUCUACAUUUAUAGCGGCCACACCCUCCAACACCGCAUCGUCCUGCAAGGACCACCGCACGACGUGCGCUUCCACACGCUACCAAAGCGCGGCGAGCCCAUUGUGUUGGUGGCAGAAGGUCGAGCCGUCUCGACCUUUGACGUCAAAACAGGCAAACAAUUGCGCCGCGAGCUCAUUGCCAAGAAAGCACUCUACACUUUGGCCGUUGCGCCCGGUGUUGUAGGCGCUGCCGGUGCCGAGCGCAACACCAUCGUCUGUGACGUCAGCAAUUGGACUGUCAAAGGCAUCGUCCGCAGCGCCCUCAAAUACGAGGUCACCUUUUGUGACUUUGCAAUCUCCCCCAACAGCAAAGAGCUCUCUCCGCUGGCAUUUGCCGGAAGCUCCACCGACUCGGAGGUGGCCUGCGGAAGCUGGCAGAAAUCCUACAAGCUGGCCAAGUCCAAUGCUCGAUCGACAGAGCUUAGCAAAAGCUUUCGUGCCGAAAGUCGCUACGUUGGCUUGGGGCGCAGUCUCAAUUCAAACAAUCUGUGGGGCUUGACGGUCAGCGGUAUGCUAUAUUGGAUGCAAAACUUUGACUGCAUUGGUCAAGCCGCCGUGACAACCACCGACGCCGUGACAACCACCGACGCUAGCGGUGAAGCUUCCGGAGAGCCUCCAGCGCAACGAGCCAAGCUCGAGGAAAAUUGA